CUCCAAUCGACCAUGAAAGGUAAAGUCUAUGCCGUUACCGGUGGAGCAUCCGGCAUAGGGCAAGCUGUCGUUCUCCGACUGGCCGAACUGGGUGCUCGCGGCAUUGCGAUCAGUGAUGUGAACCUGGCGGGUCUUGAAAAAACCAAAAAGCUGUGCGGGUCUUCCGCGACCGAGAUAACAUGCACCAAGGUGGAUGUAAGCCAGCCAGAUCAAGUUGAAAAGUGGAUUGAAGACACAGUGCGCUUUUUUGGACGUCUGGAUGGGGCAGCCAAUGUUGCCGGUAUCGCUGCGGGCAAGGGAGAGACCACAGUUCAAACUAUCAAACAAAAAGAGUGGGACACGAUGCUGAAUAUCAACCUUAACGGUGUCAUGCACUGCAUGCGCGCGGAGCUGCCUCAUCUUCCACGUCCAGGCGGCGCGAUUGUGAAUGUCUCUAGCACCUCGGGCUUGCGUGGAUUCCCCCACAAUUCGGCAUACUCAACGAGCAAGUUUGGUAUCAUUGGAUUGACCGCAUCGGCCGCUGGCGAGUUUGGAAGAGAGGGCAUUCGCAUCAAUGCUCUUCUCCCGGGUCCAAUCGACACUCCCCUGCUUCGGGAUCGUGCAACUGAGGGAGGGUUUGAUGUAGAGGCAACAAGCGACUCUACCUGCCUAGGUCGAAUGGGACACCCGCAUGAGGUAGCCAAAGUAUUGUGUUUCUUGCUGAGCAAUGAUGCUUCUUAUGUCACUGGAGCGCACUGGACGGUUGAUGGUGGCUACAGCGCCUGUUAAAGACUCCGACAUUCGGGUCGUAGUUGAAAUUGCUACUCUUCCUUUGAUUGUUGCUUACAAACACAAGUCAAGUGAGAGAUCACGACUCCUUGCAGGGUUGUAAGUGUUACGGACUUUGAGAGCGCAGAAUAGGAUUAGGAGCGC